GUGGCAACAUCCCCCCGCCCCCAAACUUAAACGUCCAUUUAAACAUAUUAAGUUUAGGGUAAAAUCUUACACACAAAGAAGGCAAUCCACAUGUGGAUAGAACGGGUGGAGAGAUGAAGAUACUUUUUUUAAAAAAGCCAUCUCUGGGCUGCGAGAGAGUGUGAGAUCCGUUGCUGAAAUUUCGUGCAAAAACUUUCUACCAAAUCCAGGGACCCUGGUAGAAGUAGAAGAACCGCGGGUUGUAUCGUAUGCAAAUACGCAAGCUGACGUAAGAGAUCAUGUGGGUUUUGGCGUAGAUCACCGCCACCGAUCGGAGAGAUUUAUUUUUUAUUUUUAAAAUUUACCACUGUUUUUUUUUUUUACGGGGGGGGGGCGUUUAAGCGAGAGCCCCGCACCGACUGCCCGCGUUCUAGAACGCGCACUGAGAGUUCCAUUCGAAGGAAAGUUCGUGUCUCUGCGUUCCAAAGCUUUGGAUCCCAGGCAGCAGUCGAGUCAAGAGUGAGCAGUCCGACCGGGCGUGGCGCCCCCCGCCCCCCAUUGCUUGGUUGGCUGGCUCUGGCGCCACGCGCGGGCGCCUAAAAUUUGUCAUCAUCAUCACAACAGCUGAGCAUGUGCAGGAGGAACAACAAGCAAGUACUCUCCGCGGCACUCCCCAGUCCCCGCCCCGCCACCAGUCGGGCAUGCGUGGUCCUGGUGGUGUGGUGUCUGACUCCUCCUCCCAGCUCGCCGUGCAGCACGUGCGUGACUCGGCGACGAGGCAGAGAGUUGGAGGAGCGACGGGACACGGAGCGUUUUUCUGCUGCUGCACACUGAGCCCGCACAUAAGCCAGGCAAGCAGCACCAGCCAGGAGUGGACAAGAUACAAUGCAGCCCAGUUCAUUUGAUGACUAGAGCUGAAGGUGAUGGCUGGGUCUAGAAUGGUUUAGGCUCUAUCCUGGGUAACAUCCCUCCAGGAAAGCUGAGAUCAUCUAAGUUAGCACCUUGGGACUCAUCAAAGAAGAGAAGAGAGAGCCGCAGUUGAGAACCAUUGCACAUCAAACAUGGCUAGCAAAAGGAAGUCAACAACUCCAUGUAUGGUCCGAGCAUCGGAAGCCAUGAGGCAGGAAGGUCCCAAGGACUGCAGUACAGUAGGGGCAGCUGGCACUCCGGAGCCGGACUCAGGAGAGGGCUUGGCAACCAGUAAAGAGAACUGUGAAAAUGACUGUGAGGUAAUCGAGGGGAAAUCUUCCCCAGCCAACCCAGCAAGGAAACCCCUUGGGGGUUACGAAUGUAAGUACUGCCCCUACUCCACGCAGAACCUGAAUGAAUUCACAGAACACAUAGACACACAACACCCCAAUGUGAUCCUCAACCCCCUCUAUGUGUGCGCUGAGUGUAACUUCACAACCAAAAAGUAUGAUUCCUUAUCUGAACACAACACAAAGCUCCACCCAGGAGAGAACAACUUCAGGCUUAAGUUGAUCAAGCUCAACAACCAGACGGUCCUAGAGCAAUCCAUUGAGGUGGCAAACAACUCCGUUGCGGCUGAAACCCCUGAAUUUGAGGUGAUUCCCCUUGGGGCAAGCAGUACAAAUAAAGUGACAUCAAGUAUGAAUACUGGAAGGCCUAAAGGGGAGGUCAAGAAAAUCUCUUUAGACAACCAUCUCGAUGGGAUGCCCCAUCUUUUGACAGAAACUGUGGAGCCUAUCACGUGUCUCAAUGGAGCUGAGCUUCUCCAAGAUGUUUUGGCUCAUGUGAUGCCCUCUGUACAGCUCCCACCAAAUAUCAACCUUGUUCCCAAAGUCCCUGUACCACUGAACAGCACCAAGUACAAUUCGGCCCUGGACACUAACACAACCAUGAUCAGUUCCUUCAACAAAUUUCCGUACCCAACACAGGCAGAGUUGUCGUGGCUGACGGCAGCAUCCAAACACCCAGAGGAGCAAAUCCGAAUUUGGUUCGCUACUCAACGCUUGAAGCACGGCAUCAGCUGGUCUCCAGAAGAGGUAGAAGAGGCGAGGAAGAAGAUGUUCAAUGGCACCCUCCAGGCAGCACCCCAGACCAUCACUGUUCUGCCAGCACAUGUCACUGCCACAAAAAUGCAACAGCCCCUUAUCCAGACAGCUGUGCCUUGCCAGAUACUGAGUCAGACAGGCCUGGUGCUGACUCAAGUAUCCAACGGAUCCAGUGUUUCACCCAUUACCCUUGCUGUAGCAGCCAGUCAGGGGCAGAAACGGGGCCCACAGAGCCAGCCGGCUGCUCCAGAAGCCAAGCGCCCACAGGUUGUCCCUGCAGAUGUCCAGCCCAAACAAACGACUCCUACUACCCCCACGAAUACAACUACAUCACCAUUGUCCGCUGUGCCGCUGACUUUGUCAAAUGACCGCAAGAAGACCAAGGAACAGAUAGCAGCCCUAAAGGCAAGUUUUAUAGUCAGUCAGUUUCCUGACAAUGCAGAAGUGUACAGACUUAUAGAAAUCACAGGUCUCUCCAGAAGUGAGAUCAAGAAGUGGUUCAGUGACCACCGAUACCGAAGUCAAAGAGGGAUCGUCCACAUCACAAGUGAAUCCAUCGCCAAGGAACAAAUUGCCCUCGCAGCUGCGCGGCAGGGGCGCCCUUACAACCCAUGCCCUGAAUUCACUACCCAGAAGUUCAAAGGAAAAUCCCAAGAGCAACUUGGGAUCCUCGAAGAAAGUUUCCUUAAGAGCUCUUUCCCAACCCAAAGCGAGCUGGAAAGGCUUAGGACUGAAGCCAAGAUGAGUAGAAGAGAGGUGGAUUCCUGGUUUGCUGAGCGAAGAAAACUCAGGGACAACAUGGAACAAGCUGUCUUGGACUCAAUGGGAUCAAACAUAAAGAAAAAAGAUCAGGGAGCUUCCAAUGGUGCAGUAAGUUGCACAGAGCCAUAUACCCUCUCCCAGGCACCAGCAUCUUUGUCCAAGUGCCCCACAGCAUUCACCAUAAGUAGCCAAGAGCAGGUCCACCUACUGAAAAGCACCUUUGUGAGAACUCAGUGGCCGUCACCACAGGAGUAUGAUGAGUUGGCAGCUCAAACGGGGCUCACUAGAACGGAAAUAGUUCGCUGGUUCAAGGAGAACAGGAGCUCUCUAAAAACUGGGACGUUAAAAUGGUUGGACCAGUACCAGCAGCAGCGCCUCACUGAUGGGUGUAAUGACGCAAAGCGCUCUGAGAGUCUGAAGAACAGUAAUGAUGUUGUUCAAUGGCUUAACAAGGAAGGCAUUGAGAGGUCAGAAUGCAACAGUCAAGAUAGCCAGGGUAAUGAUGAGAAUCACGACACUGGAAACAUGAAUUGGAUGGAAGUCACCAUAGAAGACGACGAUGCUGCUUCCGACUGUAUGGACAGCUGGAGUCAAACAGUGCCCGAAGGCAAAGCAAAUUUUGAUUCUGAAAGUAUAUCUGGUGAAAACAAUCACACCUAGACAGGCACAUCAUUCAGCUUUUCAGACCAUCUCCUUGAUCUUGGUUGUACGUGGUCUCUCAAACUUUGCUUUCGGGAACAGGAUAACCAACACGUUUCGACUCCGGAAUCAAAGCCUUGUUGGUACUGUCGCGGAGAUGACGAGACAAUCCUGUGGAGUAUUGCAACAAGUUUCAUGGUGCCAAAGUCCCAUUGUGGGAUUUUUCCAAAAAGGGCCCACAUAGAUGGAUCCUCUCUCUGGUGUCCUACUUGCUUGCCUCCUGUUGUAGAUACAUUGCAGAUCUGAAUGUGCAUAUCACCUGCAUUUACAACGUGGAGACUUCUGCUCUCUUUUCUGAUGGGCCAUUUCAAAGUCACAGUCUGGCUUAUCUUAAGAACUAGGAACAACUCCAUCCAUUUCUAUAAUAAUUUUGAACCUUUUUGGCCUGCUUCAUCAGUUUCCAGUGAUGGGCUUCUAUGUCUAAGGAGAGUUUAUUCAUCUGAACCUGCUUUACUGACUCCAUUCUGGGCUUGAGUUAGUUCCUCAGUUGGCUUUCUUAAUAGCCAUUUUGUUUGGAGUUGGCUAAGUUGCGUUCUUCUGCAUGCAAACCCCUCCCUUUAUUGGAAUGGGAGAGCAGAUUCCCACCCAUAUCCUGUCUUUCAUACUUUGCCAAAACAUCUGGAAUAUGGAACUCUGAAGAUAUUACUUGUACGCCUUUGCUUGUUCCAAGCACCUUUUUUCUACUACACGUAGUACAAUCUCAGAAGAAGAAGAAACAAAGACUUUACAAUGGAGGGUUUAAGCUUCUUUAUACCUGAACUUCUUCAUAAUACUUGGUUGGUGCAAAGAUCAAGAGACUGUCUUAUUUUUGUCAGAUGCUGUAGUGCACAAUGGGAAGUUUAUUGAACCCUCACCACUAAGUUUGUAGCUUGUUUCUAGGUCCUUCCGAGUGCACUUUUGUUCUGCAAGUAACUGCUGAAAGGAGGGAGGGACGGCAACUCUGUCUUGUAUAAAAUGUUCGAAGGCAACUGACUGUGUUUGGAGAGAAUGAUCAUUUUUGCCCCAAAUAUACAUUGCACAACUCUAAUACUAGGAAGUUUGAAUAAAAACCAACUUUUCUAACUUUUUGCUUGUUUGGUGUAACUCAAUAAAACAAAGGUUUAGUGUU